GACUCAAGCCGAGUGUAUUUUCUACUGCAGAGGAAAGUCUUUCUGAUCAGCUCUCCCAGCCACACCGAGGACUAACUGGAUAAACGAUUCGACCAUUCUAAAUCUUGGAUCCAAGAAAAUGGCAAACAACACCACUGAGUUGUCCUGUCCCUCAAUUGAUGACUUCCGAAACAAGGUCUACUCCACUGCCUACUCCAUCAUCACCAUUUUCGGCUUGGUGGGGAAUGGCUUUGCAUUGGUGGUGCUCAUUCGGACCUAUCGUCAAUCUUCGGCCUUCCAUGUCUACAUGCUGAACCUGGCGGUGGCGGACAUUCUGUGUGUGUGCACACUGCCUUUCCGCGUCCUCUACUAUGUGCAAAACGGCAACUGGAUACUGGGUGAUUUCCUCUGCCGCAUCAGCUCGUAUGCACUCUAUGUCAACCUCUACUGUAGCAUCUUCUUUAUGAUGGCCAUGAGCUUUACACGCUUCCUAGCCAUUGUCUUCCCUGUGCAGAAUUUGCGCAUGGCCACUGAGAGGCGGGCACGAGUUGUCUGCAUCUGCAUUUGGGUCUUCAUUUGUGCCACCAGCUCCCCGUUCCUGGUCUCUGGCCAGUACUUUGACACAAAGACCAACAAAACCAAAUGCUUUGAGCCACCAGCGGAGUCAAAAAGCCUUAAGAAGCUGGAGGCUCUUAAUUACUUCUCACUGGUGGUGGGUUUCCUUGUGCCAUUUCUAGUAAUCCUGGUUUGCUAUGUUGGCAUUGUGCGUGCACUGUUGAAAAACUCUAAUGCAAUGAAGAAGCAGCAAAAUACACGCACUAAGGCCAUCCGCAUGAUCGUAGUUGUCAUGCUGGCAUUCUUUGUCAGCUUCAUGCCCUACCAUGUGCAGCGCACUGUGCACCUCCACUUUAAGAAGCAAGGCGCUUCCUGCGAUGAGAUCAACUUCAUGCAGAAGUCUGUGGUCAUCACACUGUGUCUGGCUGCUGCCAACUCCUGUUUUGACCCCAUGCUUUAUUUUUUUUCUGGUGAGAACUUCCGUCACAGGCUCUCGACUUUCCGCAAGACAUCAGUAAAUUCACUUAACAUGAAGCGAAACCGCAAUUUGCCAUCGUCUUCCCGUCCUCUGCAGCAAAGCGAGCUGGAAAAAUGCAGUAGCUUAAGCAAACUUGGGUAGAGCUGAAGAUGGCAGUGUAUUCUGGGUAAAUGAAGAAGCAAACAGUGAACAAGGAUAUAGAAGCAAGUAAUGAGCAUGAUAAUGUGGUUGGAUUUGUUUGAUAUAAUAUAAAAUGUAUUCAUAAGAAAUCACAUUAACCCACUCAUUAAUCUAAGGCCAAAUCUUACAUUUUCAUAUGAAUUCAGGUGGGCAAAGUGGUGACUUAUGGAAUUAAAGAGAAACCACUGUUCCUCUUUAUGGAUGCUAAGGUUCAACCUAAAGGACAUGAAGUAAGCUCAGUAUUAGAAUGGUCCAUGAAGUGAAAAUGUAGCUUACCUGGUUUAUUGCACUUCCUUUUUCAGAAUAUUACUUAUUAAAAAAUAUUCUAGAAAGCCUAAAAAGAUAAAGGCAAACAGAGAUUAUAAACUUACCGUAAAUGGACUAAUGCUCAGCAGCCUGCUUACAAAAAUGUGUACACUGUAUUAAUGAUGCUGCUUUAUAUACGUAAGGCAAUGAGAAAUUACCACUGGCAGACUGCUUUUUUUCUUUUAUUAUUAUAUGUUUGUAUAAUUGACAAUCAGGCCCAAGUUGCUUGUAUUUUGUAAAGUGCCUUUUGUACAGUAUGUCAAUAAUUGGAAAUGUUAAGGCAUUGUGUAUGCAGUGUGCAAAUGCAACAAGGCAUAUUUAUAUACAAAAGACAAAUUCUAUAUACUGUACAGUACCUGACCAGCGGACUUAUUCACACCUAGUGUCAAAUUAGAGGUGCCACUUACCUACAUACAUACCAUGCUAUUUGGGAAAAGAAUAUUGUGCUCUGUACAAAGAUUAACCCAAACUCACAAUUUACCUUGGGGCGUUGGAGCUGUGAAGCCAACAUUUGCACUUAUUUCCCAUGCAAUAACCAGGCAAAUGAAAGAAAAAAGUCUUCAUUUUCCAAUGAUAUUUUGGGCUUUAAAAAACAAAUUUGUGAGAUUUUGGGCUGGACAUUUUGUUAAGACCUUGUAGCUCUGUCCACAAGGGUGUAAUUACUACAGUCGACAGCAGUUACUGUCAUCCUUUAGUUCUAGAGGUACUAGAGCUGGUGGCUGCUGACAUCUAGUGGCCGAUAAGAUAAUUGCAUGAAACUAUACAUUCGGUAAAACGGAACAUACUGAACUAGCGUACUAAAUAAAUACAAGAACAACAAAGUGCUCUAUUAGUAAAUGCUUUCUUAAAUAUAUGCACUAAAGUUGAACAGUAUAAUAUGUCAUAGGAUUUAAUAAGAAUAACGUAAAUUGUCUAUUACACAGGUAAUGAAGGACCCCUCUCCUAAACAUUUUUAAUGAUUUUUCCUGCUCUAUUAUUCCCAUUUACUUUCAGGAAUGGCGUUGAUUAGCUGAAUAGUUAAACUAGGUGUGAUAGAAGCUGGGAAAACACUAAAAUGUGCAGGGCAGGCAAUGCUCCAGGAAUGGGAAUCACUUGUUUAUUAUAACGUUGCAGCUUUAAUCAACUAAAUGUAGUAGCAUGAAGGUGUGGCUGAAUUUGGGUUCACUUGUUGCUUUAAAUAUAAUAAAACAAAAUAUUGUAAAAUUAUAAUGAUUAUUAGUUUUUUUGUCAGUUUAAAAUAUUAUACACUGCCCAGCCACAAAAAAAUUAUAAUAAAGUUGAGCACACCCCAAGACUUCUUUGACCACCUUUAGCUUUGGUUCUUGUGUACAGUCUUGUGCUGAAUUUACAUGUGAUAUGAUUCAUGCACUUAUCUUCUUACUCUGAUAUUGCUCUGGUAUAGGAUCAAUCUUAACUCAUAAGACCACCAUUGCUCCAAAGUCCAAUCUUCCUGAUCCCUGGGCAAUUGUGUUUUUUCCCCUGAUUUUUCCUGUUUUCUUAUAGACACAUAGCUGUUUAAUCCCAAUUCUGUUCAUCACACUGUUUGUCUCAUGAAAUGCUCAUAUUCUUACUAAUUAACAUAGUUAAGAUGCAUAGUAAAAAAAGACAGUAGAAAUCAAAACUAAGUCUUUAAGUGAUGUCCAUUCAUGAUAUUUUUCUGACCACACUCCUUCCAUGAGGUUAACGGUUCAGCACUAUCCUUACAGGUUUUAUUAAGGUGUUGCUCUUGACCCAGUUCCAGUUAUUUUACAUAUCCUAAAUUGUUCUCUGCACUUGAUGUCUGCUGAUAAUUUGACCUUUAUGAAGUGAUGAUUUUUUUUUGUUUGGCCAGGCAGUGUAUUUAAGACUGUUUAAUAAAGUACAUAAUUUAUUAUGUUUAGAAGUUCAAACAUUUAAAAUAGGUAAUGGACUUUUGUUUAAAAAUUACAAAUUUGUAAUUUAAAAAGGAAGACAAAUGAAAUCCCAAAUAGGUGCCAUUUUUUUUAGUGCUUUAUUUUAAUUUUUACAAUUAAAUGAUUCAUUUUCUAAUGUUUUCCUCCAGCCUCAAAAUCACUUCUUAUCUUGGAACCCACACUUCCAUAUCUAACACUCAGCCUAAAUCAACACACAACACAGAGUAUGGUACUAUUGUAGAUACUUUAAGCUGUAUGAGCGACUAAUACCAUUCUAGAAGAAGUAACUGUGCAGUAUGUUAUGACUGUGGCUCUCAUGAUGAUCAUUUAUGUUUGCUGUGUAUUGUAACAGUGCUGUAAGAGAAAGCAUAUGAAAGAUGUCUUUUGCAUAUUGUACAUUGUAGGCUAUUUGUGUUUAUUACAAUAAAAUUUGA